GCGGAGAGGGACCAUGAUCCGCUUCCCUGCGCGUCUCCGAAGGGCAUUUGUGAUUGCCUGUCUCAUAAUUCUUGUUUGGAAGUUCCUCCUUGGCGGUGACUUUUCAGCGGCUCCGGCAACGAUAGAAUCGUAUGCGCUCGUAUUGUUGUUGAGUGUUGAGUGUGCAAAGCUGACGAGUGUCGCAGGANAUGCUGCAAGCAUCCUUGGCUGGCAAUCCUCUGAGCCCGAGGAUGAGGAUGCUUACGUUCACUUCAGUCGCAGACUAGUCCGCAUCCUGAAGGAGACCAAACCCCCGGUUGCAUCCUUGACUAAGACCAACAGUAUCUCCGCCAUCGGUUUUCAUGACAACAAAAACAAACCCUUGAAGCGACCGGACUAUGUGCCAAUCACCUCUGUUCAGGUUGAGGAAAUGCGAUUGGCACAUCGGAAUUUUGUAGACGGGGUUUCCAACUUAACCUUGCCUUACAAUACUGGAACUCGUGGUAUAGUCUCCACCGCAGGAGGAGCACACUUGCCAAUUUUCAUCGUGUCCCUCCGCAUGCUGAGGCGCUCUGGCAGUAUUCUGCCUGUCGAACUCUUCUUGCGAGCUGAUGAGGAACGCGGCGAUAACUAUCUGUUGACAUGGCCGGACUUCUGGAUUUCGUCAGCUUCCGAGAAAUUUUACAAGAUUCAAGGAAAGCCCGUACCACUGACUACAGUCAGGGCUUCAACAGAAUCGGGUCAAGUCAUCGUGUCCAAACGGACUCACUCGGCAGCACUGCUGAUCUCUGCAUACUACAACUACUAUGGACCCUCGCACUAUUACCCCUUACUCACUCNNCAAGGAGGCCCGGGUGAAGGGGACAAGGAAACGUUCUUAGCGGGCGCAGCUGCAGUUGACGCGCCUUUCUACCAGGUGUCUGAACCAGUCAGAAUCCUUGGCUAUGACGAGAAUGGAGAGCUGCGCGGAGUAGCAAUGCUGCAGUCAAAUCCUGUUGAUGACUUUGUUGCCCUGGUCAAGCCGAUGCCCUUCACCAUCCAUGCAAACUUCCCAAAGAUGGACCCUAACACUCUAUUCAAUCCGGAUGGUCCAGCUAUCAACCACCAGACUGGCGAACACCGUCGGCUAUGGGGCGACAAAGAAAAGACAAUCCAGACUUUUGGUAUGGAUGUUGAGCGGGAACUCUGGGAAGAAAUCAGACAUGUUGCUUGCACUCUUGGGGGCGUUUUUGUACAUUGGAAAGCAGAUGCACCUCGGGAGUGGAAAAAGGGAACAUGUGAAAUGGUCGAAGAGCACAUCAUCAAAGUUUUUGGUGUGGGAGACGAGGAGAACUCGUAUGGUUCUCUCGCGACA